UAAAGCUGUCAGCAGUAGCACAACGUGCUUUACAGCAGCUCCCAGGAAAGGCUGAAGUUCUCCCGCGCCCGAGAAAGAAGACUUCGCCGUUACCUCUCCAUUAAUCUCCUUUAAUAUUAGUGUCUCUUGCCCACGAUUCAAACCACAAUCUCACGGAGUUAUUUCAGCUACAGUUUACUUAAUGAGAAACUGGAUUGGCCUGUGCACACUGGUACGUUAUUGUACUGCUAACUGCUGCAUCGAAGAAGUAAACUUAAUCAAAGACAACAUCCCUGGCUGUGCUCUGAUCAGUACUCUUCUGCAAACAACAUCCCAGAUCUACAAGUUCGUUUAAUCCUCCUACAUCCUAACAGAAGGGAACACAGUAUUAUUACUUUUCCUCCCCGUUGCAUCUGAGCUCUCUGGUCAUCACCAUGGGUUACAGUUAUAGUAAGGAAGAGGAAGACAUCAUGAUCUCAGGGAUGUUCCGUAUAGCUGAGACAUAUGGUGUGAUUCCUGAUAUUACCAUCGACGACUCCUUACUCAUGUACUCAGGACUGAAUUCAACAUCUGUACUAGAACAGCACAGUUCUCAGAUGGUCAGUGACCUGGUGAGCAAAGUUCCGAACUAUAUGACCAACCUGGGCUCCUCUUUAUCUGCUUUCAACCUUGUACCAAACGCAGUUGGAUUGGGCGCGUUGAUCAUCUCCUUCCUAUUAGACCUCACGGUUAGUUCUUUGGUCCCGGUUCCCGAGGACAGCCCCCUGAACAUGAUGCAGCGGGUCUUUGCUGAGGAAAAGGCCUCGGGGGUCAGAGACUCCAUGGACGAGUACCUGAAACGCCUCCGCAAGUAUCUGUGGGAACCAGGACAGGCGCUAGAAGAGACCAAACGUCUGGAGAAGCAGCUGAGCGAGCAGCUGACCCGUCUGACAAACUCCAUGCUGAAGGACGGCCAAAUGAGCUCCCGCGCCAUGAAGAUCUGGGCCAACGGCGCAGCUUUCCAUGCGCAGAUGCUAAUCCACGAGGCGCGGCUCAUGAUGGCGGGAUAUGGAUCGAAGGAAGAAAAGAACCUCGAUGUUCGAGUAGCUUCUGUCCACAACAUGCUAAACCAUUAUCAAAAGGACUUGGAGAAAUUGUUGAAGGAGUACAAGAGCUAUAAGCGCACUAACAUGCAGAUAACAUACAAAGACUGUGUGACGCCAUAUACAUAUUUCUGCCUUGACAAAAAAUGUUAUAUUUAUGACAAAGAGCUUGGAAAAAGUACGAACGACAGACCUAGAACUGUCUCAGAUUAUGAUUUUGAGCGUCAUUUUUGUUCCAAAUCUUUGGACGCCUACAUCAACUACAUGUUUAGCAACUGGGGCCAGAUAAAAAAGCUGAGCGAGUAUUUUACUGUCCUUAAUACUAACAUAAGGGAGCUGAUAACACAAAACAGGAAUUUUACCAUGGAAAACGUGUAGCAAACAGAACACAAGCAGAAGUGUCCAUGACCGUGAGCCAUGAGCUGUUCCACUCCAUCAGGUGACAUGUAAUAUAUUAGAAAGGGCUUGGAGGACUUGUUAAAGGACAAGAGCUAUUAACACACUAACCUGCUUUUCUAAUUAGAAUCUUUGUGAUGUUUAGACUUUAAUAAUUUUUCAAAAAUUGUAUUCAAUAAUUAAUACUUCGUAACUGAAUAAUUAUUCUCAUUUGAAUCUUUCAUUUUUAUUACAGAUGUAAAACUGUGUUUGGGACACAGCCAAAAGAAACGCUUUUACUGCUGCAUUGUAAAACACACUUUCAACAGUGAUAAAGUGAUGCGCUUUAUAGGAUAAAUAAUAGGAUUAUAGUUCUGAGAAGCCAUUUAGUUUUCAUGUAGAUUAACAAAAUGCUUGUUAUUAAAAUUUAAUUUGGCAUUGCUCUGACUGCAUUUCACAUUGCUGAAUGUAAAUUAAAUGUUGUUGCAACUACAUUUCCUGCAGUCAUGUAUUACUUGAAUGGAAGUAUGUAGCCUUUUUGCUACAUAUAAAACAUACAAUUAUUAAAGAUUAUUUAUGAAAUUCAAAGCACUUCCACAGGGACGGGACGUACCAACAGCAGGGAUCACCGCUGAUUACCUCCACUUCUUAAGCGGAUCACAAGCAACUGACAUUGCAAAGUAUUUAAUUGAUACUUUAUUGAUGGUGUGAUGGAAAUUGUCUUUACGCCUCCCUCUUUGCUCCAUAUAGAGUAAGCUGUCCGCGAAGGGCUGCCACCCGCUAUGGCGCCCAGGGAGCUGGGGGUUACAGGCCUCGCUCAAGGACCCACAGACAUGCUGUGGCUGGGUUUGAACCUGUGACCUGCUGUUUACAGGCACACAGGCUUAGCCCACUGCACCACACGCUGUCCCCAUUGUCAUAUUGUUGCCAUAGUUAUGUGCCUUGCUGAGUGUUUCUUUGUUCGUUGUCUUCCCCGUUAUCCCUGCCUCCUGCAUCCUGCCUGCCCUGCCUGCCUACCUUCUCCUGUGAUCCCGACCCGUCUCCACUGCUCGUCCUCCCCACUUGUCAUCUUGUCCUGUACCUGCUCGUGGGACUGACCCUUCCGGCUUUCGACUCCCUGCAUCUGACCCGACUACGAUUUUGGCUUGUGGACUUGCCUGUGGUUGUACCUGGUUGUUGAAGUAAACUACCAGUCUCCUGCACUACGGGGUCUUCACACGCGCUGAAAUACUUAUGGUGGUGCAGUGCUUAGCACUGUUGCCUCACACCUCUGGGACCCAGGUUCGAGUCUCCACCUGGGUCACAUGUGUGUGGAGUUUGCAUGUUCUCCCCGUGUCGUCGUGGGGUUUCCUCCGGGUGCUCCGGUUUCCCCCCACAGUCCAAAAACAUGCUGAGGCUAAUUGGACUUGCUGAAUUGCCCAUAGGUGUGCAUGUGUGAGUGACUGGUGUAUGAGUGUGCCCUGCGAUGGGCUGGCCCCCCAUCCUGGGUUGUCCCCUGCCUCGUGCCCAUUGUAGUGAUGUGUCGGUCGCGAAUGAAACGGCUCUCGGAGCCGGCUCUUUGAAGUGAACGAUCAGAGCUCCUGCCUGUGAGCCGGAGUCAGAGCCACUUUCUUUAUUUCUCUAUUUUUUUUUUCAAGCCGCACGGAUUGGUCAACCACACGACGCGUGUCUGCACUGAUCAGGACAGGGAUGGGCGGUGCUACAGGGUGCGUUCGACUUGGGCUUUAAGUUUUAUGUGACCUUGCUCUCGUGAGGUUUUUGUACCAUGUGACAUGGUUACGGGUGGUGACGUUUUGCAGCGCCGCUGAAGUCGGACAAAAAAAAUUUAACCGUUAUGCAUUGCGUUGGGACCAGAAUGCAUUGCUUUAAGCCAGCGCUGCAAACGGCUUCGUGAAGUCGAACGCACCCAUAGACAAAUACAGCAAUCGCAGGCACAGACAAAGAAACAGGAGGGAAGGAGACAAGCAUGACAAAAUGAGUGACUGCAGGAAACGGAGUGAAAUUUGGAUACAUUUCAAUUACCUUGAUAAUACAAAGGCAGAGUGUAGAGCGUGCAAGGUUAAAAUCUCAUAUCGAACAGGCUCUACAAAUAACCUGCAUUGGCACCUGAGAACUGUACAUCCAUCAGUGCAGUGGGAAGAAAAAAGACAAGCAAGUGAACCUGCUACUAAGGAAUGUGACAGUUUGUCUACUGCAACUGUUGAAAGUGUCAGUUUGUCAGUGUCUACACCGUCAUCCAGUACAGCACCACAACCACCUAGACCUACAACCUGGAGCUCUAUGAGACAGUUUCUGCAAAAAGCUAUGACUCCAGUAAAACAGAAAACAAUUGAUGAGGAACUGGCUAAAAUGAUUGCA